GCUCAUACCUCUCCCAAGAAAAGGGUGACUGGUAUUGGGUUGAAGUCCGAUGGUUGCAGGUUGUUAGCAAGCUGAAGUCGACCGCAAGAGUGUUUAAAAACCGGAGCUGCGGACCUCCUACCCUGAACUUUCGCUUCACCUGGCCCUGCAUCUCUCCCCACUCCAGUUCUUCAGCCCUUGUCGCCUUCUCAUUAAAGACCCAAACACAGCUUUGUCAGCCUUUGAAGCUUUUUGUUUUCCACACAAGUUGAUGGUUUCUUUGAAGGCAUGAACUGUGUUUUCACUGGUUUCUACCUAACUGUGGCUGGUGUUUGAAAAUUUGUGACACUCGGUCCUGUGGACUACUUUGAGCCCCAUAGCAAUCUGAGGACCUCUGCUUUGCAGUAUUUUCUCAAGAUAACGUAUCCAUUGGGAAGAAGAGUUGAUUUUGCAAACCAGACUAUAGUUUGAGCCAUAAUGGAACAAGCAGUUGGUGAAUCAAAAGAGACACGUUCGACAAAAGACAUUUCCAAAGCCAAGAAGUGCACGGUGAUUGGAGGCUCUGGGUUCCUGGGGCAGCACAUGGUGGAGCAGUUGCUGGCACGAGGCUAUGCUGUCAAUGUAUUCGAUAUCCGCCAAGGGUUUGAUAACCCCCAGGUGCAGUUCUUUCUAGGCGAUCUCUGCAGCCAACAGGACCUGUACCCAGCUCUGAAAGGUGUAAGCACAGUUUUCCACUGUGCGUCACCCCCACCAUCCGGUAACAACAAGGAACUCUUUUAUAGAGUGAAUUUCAUUGGCACCAAGAAUGUCAUUGAAACCUGCAAAAAGGCUGGGGUUCAGAAACUGAUUUUAACCAGCAGUGCUAGUGUCAUCUUUGAGGGUACGGACAUAAAAAAUGGAACUGAGGACCUGCCUUAUGCCAUGAAGCCCAUUGACUACUACACAGAGACCAAGAUCUUGCAGGAGAAAGAAGUACUGGAUGCCAACGACCCUGAGAAGAAUUUCUUAACCACAGCCAUUCGUCCUCAUGGCAUUUUUGGCCCAAGGGACCCCCAGUUAGUCCCCAUCCUAAUUGAUGCGGCUAGAAAGGGUAAAAUGAAGUUCAUGAUUGGAAAUGGGGAGAACCUGGUGGACUUCACCUUCGUGGAGAAUGUGGUUCAUGGACAUAUCUUGGCAGCCGAGCACCUCUCCCAAGAUGUAGCUCUGGGUGGGAAGGCAUUUCACAUUACCAACGAUGAACCAAUUCCUUUCUGGACGUUCCUGUCCCGCAUUCUGACAGGCCUCAAUUAUGAGGCCCCCAAGUACCACAUCCCCUACUGGGUGGCCUACUACCUUGCUUUCCUGCUAUCUCUGCUGGUGCUGGUGGUCAGUCCUCUCAUCCAAAUCAAGCCAACUUUUACACCAAUGCGGGUGGCGUUGGCUGGCACAUUCCACUACUACAGUUGUGAGAAAGCCAAAAAGCUCAUUGGAUACCGGCCACUGGUCACCAUGGAUGACGCCGUGGAAAGGACUGUGCAGAGUUUCCACCACCUGCGGAAGAACAAGUGAUGUGCCCCAGAGCCCUCCCCAAUAAUUUUUUUCCUCUCUGUUUUGAUGAGCCAAUAUCCUUAAUUGAGUUUCUUCUGAGCUAUGUGCCCCUUGCUGGUGACAAGAGCAGAUGUCUCUUCCAGGGUAGCAUUGGACUUCCUAAAGCAGACAGAUGCAUAAUCUACUGUUUUGGUCUUUCUCUCUCCCUCCCCCUACUUCUCUUUUCUGUGUUCAUUAUCAGAAAGGUAACCCUGAGUAUACCAACAUAAAGUGAAAACCACAAGACUUUGAUCGAGGUCUUAAAAACUGAAGCAAAACCAGAAUUGUUGACACAGAGUAAGACUUAGACACACAUUUCAUAUGAUCCUAGUAGAAUAGUUAGAAGUGUUGGUGACUGUAACCCCAGCCCCCAAUCCCUAAGGAUAAAUCCAUUCCUGGUUUCCCUGCUGCCUUGCAUGAUGUCAGGGUUUCUUUCAAAAAUGAUUGCAGUGUCUCCCUGCCUUGUUUUACCAUAAAACAUCUCUCUCUAUCCACAGAAACUGUUAGCAGUCUUUAGUUGUCAGUGGGAUGUGUACAUUGUGUGCUAUGUUAGUUGACCAGUUCCUAAUAACAUGGUUGGUAAUAA